AUGCAGCAGGCUCAGAAAAUAAAAUCAUCUAAAACGAAGAAACUUGCUAAUAUCACUCUCAACCUAAACCAUAACAGCUCAACCAGUAAUUCAAAAACAUCGUUGAAUUAGCGAUCAAACACCUUCAUAACUCAGAGCAAGUCACCUCAAAGACUAACAGAACUUAAGCCUUCUCUAACCUUCAGCAUUCCACCGACUUAAAACAAACAAUAAAUCCAUUCGCAACCACACAUUAUCUCUGCCUCAAGUAAAGCUGCCUAUGAGAAGCAGCAAAUGAUCUAGAACAAUCUGGCUGCGGUGUAGGCUAUAGUCUAGAAGACCCUGUCACAGACCAUUAACAUUUCAAGUUAGCAAGCCCAACUCAAGAAUAACUCAAUUCUAGCAGGAGCUACUAAUCAGCAUCACCAACAACUAUCUGCAACUCUAAAUAAACAUAAAACUAAUAAUAAUUAUUAUGCAAGAGGCAGCACUGGCGGUGAUUCAAGCAACCCCAGAAUCCAAUCUAUGAGCCAAACUCAGCCUGCUCAAGCCAAUAAGCGAAUGAACUAGACUCUGUGCGUGCCCUCAUCUGCUUCUGCGCUAGCCUAGCGGUAUGAUAAUUCAGCAGUAAAAAAACUGGAAAUCAAGAUCAAUCUGAAUCAGACUAAGGACAGUGUAGAUAGUUCAACAAAUAACAGCGUGAAUAAACUCAGACUAUGGAGUUCCCUAGACAACACUUCCUCUCACAGCGUUGGACGUAAGGAAAACCGCAGAUACGUGCAGGACGACGCAGCAGACGAGGACAAUAACGACAUGCUGGACAACAUGAUUGAGGAACCACAGGUGAUUGUCACUAGAAUGAAUCAUAAUAAUAGUGUGGAACCCACAAGUAGUCGUUAUAACGAAGGCAACGGAAUUAAUCAGUCAAGCAUUCACAACUACAACCCAGUGCUUGACAACCUUAGCAACAGCCACAUAGACAAGUACAGUCACAGCGAGUACAGGCAAAACACGAAGUUCAAUAUGACGUCGUACCAGCACACUUAAAAUCAGAAUACCAACAAGGACUUCAAGGAUUACUUGUGCCAGAGUGACUUGGAUCUGCUGCAAACCAACAACGCACCUUCUUUUUCACGCCAGGAGGUUCAGGAUCCCCGAUCUCGCCAAAAUGAUUACUCAAUGCUUGAAGAUAACAGACUCAGCUUCAACCCAAAUAUCAUGCAACCCAGUGGAAGAGAGACUUCGAUGCAAGAAAUGCAACAGCAAAGCAUCAAUUUGAUUAAUUUAGUGCAGAGACCUCAGACUAACAUGCUGGUUCAUCAAAAUAACUAAAAAAGCAAGAAAAAGAAACCAAGUAUGUUCAGUAUGAGACUCCGACCAGAAUCCCAAACAGAUAUAUCAGUAAGCAAUACCAAUAACAACACUAUCAGCAACAACGCUCCCUGUGAGGCAGGUCCUAGUUCAGUUAGUGCCAAAAACACCCUGCUAAAGAUAGAAGAUAUGUCUAUGAAUGAGGGCAAAGGCAAAGAUCUGCUUAACUAAACUUUCACCCCUUAGAUUGUCCCUUAAACCACCAAAAACCAGUCUUUCACUCAGAAAUAACUUGGAUUCUCCUUCAAUAAUAACAACAUUAUCUUAUCAACAAAAAAUGCAACAAGUCAUUAGAAGAACAUAUCCCUCAUGAAGUUAUAAGAGUAGCAGAAUCAGUAGCAUCAGAACAAUCUAUUGAACAAUGAAUUGCGUUCUCGAUCAAGACAACGCUACAACAACCUUAUUUAACCCAUUAAUGAAGAACCAUUUUCCACAGAGAAGAAGAAAACUCCGACGAGGUAGAAGACUCGCAGCAAGGACUUAGGAAGAAAUCAGUUUGAGUUUCAUUCAAAUCAAGGUUCUAACGCCUAUCAAACACAUCAGACUUUCCAUCUGAAGAAGAAUACCGCGUUGACUGAGUAGGACUAGGACUAGCAUGAGUCUUAUUACCAAGCAGGAGCAGGUAUGAGUGCAACCAGAGGUGAAGGUGGUAGUUUACACAGCUCAAAGCUUAAGAAUACCCAGUUUAGGCCAAACACUUCACUUAAAGCGCAACCUACUAAACUUAGAAUUAAUACUACAGCUAUUGUAGCCAGUAAUAAUGGCAGGAAUAACAAUAACAAUGCCAGUUUAACUGAUAAGUAAAAGCAGUAUCUUCAAAGCACGAAUGUCAAGCUGAAUCUGAGUCAGACUUCUAGAGCUAUUAAUAAUUAGAAAGGCUUCAACUUGUUCAAGUAAUUCACUAAUCAAAGCUUCUAAAGUACAAAUAACUUUGAUUCCAAGAACUCAAAUAGACCUAGUACAACUCUAACUACCAUAAAGUCAACACAGCCCAUUCCGCAAAAGAAGAUUCCCCAUUCCAGACCAUAGACCUCAAUGAAAAACAAUCAGAUCUGUGUUGGUCUUGUGUACCUUCUUUCUUCUAAAAUAUUUAUGAAGAUCUAGAUGGAGAGACAAAAAAGCAUUCGCUAAACUUUUGACACUCUGAAGCAACUAGCAGCUUACUCAGAUUUAAUGGAGCACAUUCAGGGCAACCAUCCCACCUAGAACAUGAAGACUCAUAAAGAGAAGCUAUUGAUCUAACCAUUUAACGUGAACAACAGAUACAACAGCACCAACUCAGGCAGUGGAGGGGGAACUUCUAAAAAUGACUCAAGCAAACAUAAUAAUUCAAUAAUUAGUAAUGAUAGAUACAAUUAGAGUGUGCAGAGCAAUCCUCUGAUGCAAGGAGUGAAUCCGAUUCACAACAUUAGUGCUUAGUCUAGGCAUCACAUUAGAAGCGGGUCGAAUUAGUCAAUGUAGACUCCAGCUUCUUAACAAACUCUACAGUUUAUUUAUAACCCUUCCACUGAAGAGAACACAAUAGUGGAGGAAGCAGAGGAUGAAAGAGAUGAUCACGUGGUACAGUAACAUAGCAGUAACUAAGGCAGUGCUAUAGACAACAACAAUGAUAUACGGUCACUGAUUACUGGCACACUUGAUAGCAAUUCCAGAUCAGCUACAACUUCAAGCACUCUGGCUUUGAUUGAAAAGAUUCAGGGUGAUAGUGAUCUAAAGAAAAAGCUAGAAAAAGUAAUAUCUAUACUGUCUUCUAUAAAGAAUGACUUUAACUGA